CAAACAAUGAGGGCUUGAUUCAAAAUUGUUGACUUUCUUUAGACCCUACUUCUUUUCAGUAUUGUUUGAAUGAGGAAUGGGUUGUACUAUCAGCGACUGCUGUAAAAAUAGUGAGUCACAGUCUGACCUUGCUGAUGAAAGAACUCAUUUACUGAAUGAUCCUGUUUGCAAUUCAUCUUCUGUUCAAAGAGUUCAGAGUGAUGACUUAGCUUCUCAUUAUCCUAAUUCAUCUCCAAAGGGCACUGAUGAGCAGUCCGUGCUCAACAAAAUUCUUCAGGAAACAGCCACGAAUGUCAUUGAUGUAGCUGCACUAGCUCCUACUAAUAUAGAACAAAAUGAAUAUUUAGAACGUAGGAGCCAUUACAGCUUGAAAUUGUCAUCUUUGCCAAUGCAAAUCAGUAUUAGGAGACCGUGUUAUUUAAUAGACAUCGCAGUUCCUGAAAAAAUGCUGACUCCUACUCCUAUUUCAACAGAGAAUGUCUUAUUGAUAAAACGAGCUUCAUCUAAAAUAAAGGGGGCUCUUAAUGAUCUCAAAGUAUAUCACACUGAAGAUUUGAUCGUUCCGUUUGAAAUUCCAUGACCAGUGUCAUAAAUCUCCUUUUUUAAAUAAUUGUUGUAUUAUGUAUGUUACAAAACUUUAAUUAUGUUAAUGUUUUAUUACAUCACGCUUAUAAUUUAUUUUUUAAAUAAAUGAAACAGUUUGAACCAAUAGCUAAGUUAAUUCCAUUUUUCUAAAAAUUAUAAUGUAGUUGGUGAAGAAGUUGUUUACUUUAGACUAUAUGGUUGUAUGGCUGUAUAUGGUUAUUGGGGUGGCUGUCAGAGAGAACACAAAUAAAAAUAAAAGAUUUUUAUUUUUAGUUUAUUUUGCACCGCCAUUUCGGCUUGGGUUGCAAGCCUUCAUUAGGGCUGAGAAAAGACAAGAUAACAUCCAAAAUUACUAAAAAUUAUUGUAAAAGGAUAUUAGAACAAAAAAUGUGUAGUCUACUUAUUAAUAAAUUAUAAGAAGUGAAUAAAAAUAUAUGAGUAUUAUAUGUAAUAGUAAGGUAAGAAAAUAUAAGUGAGCUAUAAUGAAAAAUAAUAUAAUGUAUGGUAACAAAAUAACAGUACAGUCAUAAGGUAAUGUAAU